AUGGGAUGGCUUGGAUCUUUUUUUUCUAAAGUAUCAACAGGAAUCACUAGCACUUUUAAAGCUGUAAAAUAAGCUGCUACAACAGUAAUAGAUACUGCUAAAAGUGGUCUUAAAUAUGUGAAUAACAAAAUAAACUAAGCUCAAAAUUAUAUUAUGAAUGAAACAUCUAUAGGUCGAAAGGUAAAAGAAGUAAGUAGUUAUGUAAUGAAAAAUACUAUAAUUGGAAAAGCGGUUUCAUUCAUUGGUGAUACAUAUCAAUCUGCUUCAAAAAUAUUAUUAGAUAAUCCAGUAGGUCGUUUACUCUAAAAGGGUAAAGAAUGGUUCGAUAAUACUUCAGUAGGUAAAUUUGUGAAAGAAGUAACACCAUGGUUGGGUGUAGCAACUACUUUUCUUGGAGGAGUUGGAGGAGUUAUAGGAAAAGUGGUUAAUAACGUAUCUAAAGUCAAGUAAGCAUGUGAAGGUUUACCAUAAAAAAUUUUGAAUGGAAUUACUCAAUCUCCUGUUUAUCAAAAUAUUUCUAGAGUAGUAAAAUAAAUUGAUAGAGGUAUUAAAUAACAAAUGGGAGGAGUUUUAGGAAAAGUGUCUGAUAAGGCAGCUAAUGCCUAGAAAGUGUAUAAAGAUAUUCAAUAAGAGAUUUCGAAUAAUCUAUCUUCUAUUUCUUAAAAUAUUUCAACUACAGCAAAUUAAACUGAUGGAUUUUUAAAAUAAAUAGAUAAUUUGACAACACCACUUAAUCAACUCAAUAAUUUUAAAAAAUAUACUCCAGCUGUAGAUAAUUUAAUAAAAAUCAAACCAAAAUAUUUAAAUUUGUUAUAAAAAGAAUAAUAAUAAAUUCCCAAUGUAUCCUCAAACCCUUUGAUUGAUAGUUAUCUUCAAAAAUUUUCAAAAUAUAAUGACGAAUAGAAAAGUUUGAACAAAUUUAUGCAAACAUUUAAGAUAAUUAAAGAUAAUCCAGCAAAAAGUUCUUUAUCAAGAGAUUAAAAUCUAAACUCUUUAUUACAGAACAAGAGCAUUGCAAUUAGUUAAAUCAAUUUUAACAGAAAUAAUAAUCCCAUGUUCGAUACUAACGGACACACUAUUGAUGGUUAUAUGACAUUAAACAAUAAUACUCGAGAACACCAAAGAUUUGUAAUUGAAAAUGGACAAUUGUUUGGUUGUAAAACUCCAAACACUUCUCAACACACAGUUAUUAAAGGAUUUAGUGGUUCAUUAAACCCAUUAGAAACAAAGUAAUUUAAUCUUUAAGCCUUUUGCGCAGAUAAUCAGUUAAGUUGGCCAAAAAAUAGCAGUGAUUAUGAAUUUUCUAAUAUUAAAGUAAGAAAUUUUGAUGAAAAUAUUGAUUAAAGAAAAGUAUGGGAUAUGACUUCAUGA